AUGGCUGAAGAACCAACUGUACCGCUAAUGAAGGAGGUACGUUUACUAUAGUUUCAUCGUUAUAUUUGUGUUUUUACUUCUAACAUAUGUAGUUUUAGGGCAAAUAAGGUUAUAAUCAAAUGAAUUUAAACAUGUCAUUAUGCUACAGUACACAUAAGUUCUACCGUUGUUUUUUGGCAUUAAAAUCGUAUUUUAGGGCGACGUAGUGCAAGGAGGACUAGCACAGUACUCGAUAGUAAAGUUACUAGGUGAAGGUGGGUUUGGAGCUGUGUAUCAAAUCAAAAAAGUCGGUAACGACGAAGAACAAUACGCUAUGAAGGUUGAGCAUAGGAUGAAGAAAAAAGAUUCCAAACUCAAAAUGGAGGUAAGUACAGCUUUGUACUUGUAUUAUUCUUCAUAGCUCACAUUGACAUACUGUUCAAUUUUAAAUAUUUUUUUUUCAAAUUUCAAAUUUUUUUAAUUUUAUUUAACUUGGAAGAUCUAAAAAAUUAUUUUUCAGAUUUUAGGAGAUAUAGCAUAAUAGUACUUAAAACUUUCAGAUCUGGGUCCUAAGAGAAGUAAAACGCAAGAAGAUGCGUUCCAACCACUUUACCUUGAUGAUCGACAAAGGAAAGACUGAGUUAUCAAGCUUUUUGGUAAUGGAGCUGGUGGGCAAAUCUCUUGAAGAUGAAAUGGAGGAGAGGUCAGACAAAGGUUCACAUGUACGCCGAUUUUUUGAAAUUUUUAAUAGAAAGUUUUAAAAAAAUUCAAAAUAAUAUUGAAAAAAGUUAAACAUGAUCCCCCCCCCCUCGUUACAUUUAAAAAAUUGAAAAAAAAAUUAUCAUCUCUCAAGACCAAGAAAAGGACAAUGCCUAUAAUGAUAAGACGUUAUUUUCAGUCGGGUCACUUCACAGUGAGUACGGGUCUACGAUGCGCGUAUCAGAUGCUAGAAGGGCUUCAUCAACUUCACAUGAUCGGCUUCAUUCAUCGUGAUUUAAAACCCGCCAACUACGCUCACGGUCUUGGGAAGAACAUACGAAAUGUAAGGUGGCUUUGUUGUAGUAUUAAAAUUAAAAAUGUUGCUAGAACUUGUUUAAAAUGGUCAAAAGGUCCAUGAAUUGGCGUUUUGCGCUGUUUUAGUAUAUUGUGGGUUAUUUUCUAGAUUUUGCUUAUUCAUUUUUUUACAGUAAAAGUAAAAAAAAAUAAGUAAAAAAAUCAAACUUCAGUUGUUUUCGUAUUUCAAAAUUAAAAAAAAAAUCACUUUUAGAUCUACAUACUGGACUUUGGAAUUUCCAGGUUUAUGUUGGCACCUGAUGAACGAAAUGACAAGAAGAAGAGGUUAAGAUGUUUUGCACCUUUCAAGGGUACGGUUAGAUACGCAUCUCUUUCUUGCCAUCGAUACUCUGAUCAGGAUUACAAAGACGAUAUUGAAAGUUGGGUAAGUUGGUUUGUUUUCAUAUUUUAGAUUUUAAAUUGUUAUAUUAACAAAUAUUAUUUUAGUUUUUCCUAUAACGUACAUAUUAUAAUACUUUUAGCUUUUCUAUAAAAUUUCACAAUAAAAACAUUUCUUCAGUUCUACUCAUUCAUGGAAAUUAUGCAUCCAGAAGGCUUACCAUGGAAGAAUCUGAACGAUAAACUGUCGGUAAUGUUGAUGAAAGAGGAUUGCCGACGAGACCGUGACUGGCGUGACAUGCUCUUCCCCGGCUUCGAAUGUCGUGCUGUUUUGUGGAAGAUUCUGGAACUCAUCGAUGACCUCGAAUACAGUCGUCCCGUACCGUACCGGAAAAUUUACCAGCUGCUAAAUCAGGUAGGAAAGGAACUGUUACUUAAAAUUGAAAUUUGUAAAUUCUAAAAUUAUAUUGUCCAAGACUUUAUUUGUAAAAAGAUUCAAAACCUCAUUUUAAAAUGCAUUUUGGCUACCAAGAAACAAAAAAAAACUCACUUUUCAAGUAAAAAACGUUUAAAAAAUCAUUUUUAGGCAAUGUUAACAGAGCAUGUCAACGAUAAAGACCCACUUGACUGGGAAAAUCCACUGAAUGAACCACGCAUCCAACCCGAAAGUUCAUCAGGAGACAUUGUAGAUCCAGACGACACAGCUGCCAGCUCUGUACAUAAUUCGUAUCGACCUAGCAAACCUUGA